AUAUCAGGGCUACCAAUAUUAGAAUCCCGCCGCGACGCAAAAUUUUAUUGUGAUCUAUAAUUCUGUGCAAAUUUAUUUGAUUAUUUUAAAAGAAUGGCGGAUAAUAAUAUGUACAAUAGAUAUGAAAAAUCGUUAGGACUUCUCACAACCAGAUUUGUAACAUUGCUACAGAAAGCAAAAGAUGGGGUUUUGGAUUUGAAAAUCGCUACAAAUCUAUUGGCUGUUCGUCAAAAAAGACGUAUUUAUGAUAUCACCAAUGUAUUGGAAGGCAUUGGCCUUAUAGAAAAAAAAACCAAGAACGCUGUUCAAUGGAAGGGUGCUGGUCCAGACUGUAAUACCAAUGAUAUUGGUCGGAAGGUUACAUUGUUGAGGCGACAGAUUGGUCGUAUUGAGGAAAAAGAGCAGGUUCUCGAUAAACAAAUACACUGGAUUUCUCAAAGUAUAAAGAAUGUUUUGGAAGACAUGGACAAUCGUGAAUUGUUUUAUGUUAAUGAAGCUGAUGUCAAUAAAUGCACGCCACCAGAUAGCCAAGUGUUAAUUUUAGAAACUGCUCUCGGUACUGACAUAUCUGCAUCAGUUUUGGGUCCAAAGGACAAGGACCCACAAUAUAGUUUGCAUGUUAAAUCAGUGGAGCCAAUAAAUGUUAUGCUGCUUUGUGACAGAGAGAGAGAGGAGGCAAUGGAAGAAGAUGAUACUGAUAAAGAAGUUGAAGGUUAUACAGAAAAUGGAAAGAGUACGCGUAAUGAUUAUCUACUGCGCCUGACUCCGCCAGUCACAAAACAUGACUAUUCAUUUACAUUAUGUGGCUCGGAAGGAUUAUGUGAUUUAUUUGAUAUUCCAUGUUAGUCUUGGUUUAUUUGUAUUCUUUUUAUUAUAUUUGUUGAAAUGAGUUUUUGGAAAGACAUUUUUUUAUUAAGAAUUAUAUUUUUGAUCAUGUUGGAGUUUAUGUAAAUGUAAAUAAAUCAUGUACAUAUAAAUUUUAAUAUACCGUGUAUGAGAACAUUUUGUGAAAUGAGGAUCAAAAUAAAACUGACAUUAUAUACAA